CCGGUGCUGUACCUGAUUCAUGACGUCGUUGCCAUGCGGGUUAAGACUGAGCUUCACACGAGGACUUACUUGGUCGCUCAGAAGAUCUUUAAAUACCUACAGCCCCCUCCAGCCUCUUCUCCAAUGCUCUUAGCAUCAUCCUCUUGAGGCUUUCCUGGCUCUCGCCGUUCCGUUCCGCAUCCCUUCCUGUUGAUCCCAAACCGCCAGCUUGAAUCCUCGCCGUCAGACUGCGGCGCCACACAGCCUCGUCCCAUCUCGAAGGCUCAACCCAAAUACUUUAUAUCGGGGAACCGCGCCCAAUACACGUCCCCGACCUCGAUCAUCAGUGCUUCCGAGGACAAUGGACUCAAACGAGAUUUACUUACUCCCUUUGAAGGACGAUGGGAGUCCUGAUGUUCCCGGAGAGUACAUCUAUCUCACGCCCAAGAGCAAUGCCCCAAUAACGGUGCGCUUCGCCAUUGAAGGGACAUCUUCAAUCUGCAGACAUGGCAGUCUUUGGGUCAAUAUCCCAGAGGUGGGCGCGGAAUUCCGGAGGGACAAGUUUCGAGAAUUCAAACUUCACCCCGAUUUCAACCGCACUCUUGAAAUAUCCAUACCAAUCCACGGCGCAGGCGCUUUUGCUUUCUACACUACCUACACCCCUCUCCCCGACCUAUCUGAAACUACUACCAAAUCGCUCGAACCAACCAGGACCCCAACAUACUAUAUCGAUGUUGCCCCGCGCCUCACACUGAAGGGGCAGCGGGUGCCGUUGGCAGCAUUAUCAAUCAUCUCUCUGAUUUCCAAAUUCAUGGGGAAGUACCCAACUGAUUGGGAGAAGCAUCUAGGGGGAAUCAGUGAAAGAGGUUAUAACAUGGUUCACUUUACCCCAUUGCAGCAUCGUGGAUCAUCAAACUCACCAUACAGUAUCUGCGACCAACUGGCUUGGGAUCCGGAAUGUUUCCCCAACGGCGAGGCUGAUGUUGCCAAGCUAGUUGAAAGCCUGGAGAACAGACACAAUCUUCUGGGUCUUACGGAUGUGGUCUGGAAUCAUACUGCAAAUAACAGUAAAUGGCUCCAAGAACACCCGGAAGUCGGAUACAAUGUCUCGACAGCCCCGUGGCUAAUAUCAGCCUUGGAACUGGACACGAAGCUCCUGGAGUUCAGCAGAGAUCUGAAGAUUCUUGGUCUUCCGACUACAUUGGAGUCAGUGGAUGAUCUUCUCAAAAUCAUGGACGGCAUUAAAGAGCACGUGAUUGCGAAGGUCAGACUUUGGGAGUAUUAUGUCAUUGAUGUUGAGCGUGAUGCAGACGCAGUGGUUGAGGCAUGGACUCAGGGCAGCAUUACAUUUCCUCCAGGUGGGUUUGGCGAUUCUGGUACUGGAGGUCUGGAUUAUAUCAAGAACGCGACGCCUGUAGAACAAGCAAAACUCCUCAGAGAGAAGGGAAUCCUUAACACGGAUAGGCUUGGCGAGAGAUUCAGGAGACGAGUAGACCCCAAGAUCGGAGCAGCUUUCUUGACAGCCAUCUUCGGGCGCUAUGAAGGGGAUGCCUCGGACUCGGCCGACAGAAGAGCAGCGCGAAGUCGUCUGAUUCAUAUUCUAGACGAAUUGAAUCUUCCUUAUUAUAAGGAAUACGAUGUAGACGUUGCGGAGAUUCUGGAGCAGCUCUCCAAUCGUAUCAAGUAUGUCAGACUUGAUGACCACGGACCAAAACUGGGUCCUAUCAAUGAAAAAAAUCCUCUAAUCGAAACUUACUUCACUCGACUACCCCAGAACUCCAUCACACAGAAGCACAAGAAGGAAGAUCUCGCUCUAGUCAACAACGGCUGGAUUUGGGCUGCUAACGCCCUGAUCGAUAAUGCAGGCCCGAAAUCACGGGCUUAUCUUCGUCGCGAGGUCAUUGUCUGGGGUGACUGUGUAAAACUUCGAUAUGGAAGUUCAAGGGAAGACAGCCCCUACUUAUGGGAUUAUAUGGCAAAGUAUACCCGUUUGAUGGCGAAAUAUUUUGCAGGAUUCCGUAUCGACAAUUGCCACUCCACUCCUAUCCACGUCGCUGAGUUCCUUCUGGACGAGGCAAGAAGAGUUCGUCCGAAUCUCUUCGUGGUAGCUGAGCUCUUCACCGGCUCAGAAGAGAUGGAUUAUGUAUUCGUCAGACGCCUCGGUAUUAGUUCUCUAAUCCGAGAAGCCAUGCAAGCGUGGGGUACGGGCGAACUCAGUCGGCUCGUACAUCGGCAUGGUGGCCGUCCCAUUGGAAGCUUCGAGGUUGACGAAGUCUUCGGUGCUGACCAGAAGCCAGCCAAGGGGCAGAGAAAUGGGCAACUCAAGCGCGAUAUCAUUCGAAGAAUUAAGCAGACACCAGUCCAUGCGCUUUUCAUGGACUGCACCCACGACAAUGAAGUUCCUGCCCAAAAGCGCGAUGCCCGAGACACAUUGCCAAAUGCAGCUCUUGUUAGCAUGUGUGCCAGUGCAACUGGUAGUGUUAUGGGCUAUGAUGAAAUCUACCCAAAGCUGGUGGACCUUGUUCACGAGACCAGGCUGUAUGAAUCAGCCUCGUCUUCCGGUAAGCCUAUCCAGAUUGGUGGUGGCCAAGGUGGCAUUGGCGGAAUCAAGAAACUAUUGAAUCAGAUCCACACUCUCAUGGGCAAAGACGGAUAUGAGGAAACCCAUGUCCAUCACGAAGACCAGUAUAUCACGGUUCACCGCGUUCAUCCAGGGUCCCGAAAAGGGUACUUUCUUAUUGCUCAUACUGCCUUCCCAGGAUAUGGCAACGGAAAUGGAGUGCUCAGCCCUGUUCACCUGACUGGUACCAAAGCUCGCCAUCUUGGAAGCUGGAUGCUCGAGGUCGAUACUAGUGAAGAGGCUAUGAGAGAGGUUUUGGAGGACAAAAAGAAUCUCAGGGGUCUCCCUAGUAAGGUCGUCGAUCUAACUGGAGUUGAAGCAGAAACAAAAGGAGAUGACACGAUCAUCUCUGUCUGUGACAAAUUUCCUCCUGGAAGUAUAGCUCUAUUCGAGACCUGGAUUCCUUCGGCGGAACACUCAGUUGGUCUUGAUACAUACGUCACCUCUGGCGCAAAUGCAGCCUUCAGGGAGGUGGAUCUGGUAGAUCUCAACUUUGUUCUCUACCGAUGCGAGGCUGAGGAGCUGGCUGAGAGUGAUGGCAAGGAUGGAUGCUACGAUAUCCCAGGGCACGGGAAGCUCGUCUAUGCAGGCUUGCAAGGGUGGUGGAGUGUGUUAAAGGAUAUUAUCAAGAACAACGAUUUAGCACACGCCCUCUGCCAAAAUCUUCGCAAUGGGCAAUGGGCGCUUGAUUACAUUUCAGGUCGACUGGAAAAGAUAUCCAAGAAAGAUGGAUAUGUGAAACUGUUAAAGCCAGCACAGUGGCUGAAGGAACGUUUCGAUGCGAUUCGAAAAGUACCCAGUUUCUUACUUCCCAGAUAUUUCGGAUUGGUAAUCCGGACAGCUUACAUGGCUGCAUGGGACCGUGGCCUUGAACUCAUGAACGAUAAUGUUCGUAAUGGACAAUGGUUCUUGCAGAGUUUAGCGAUGGUCAGCGUGCAGCAGAUUGGAAUUGUCAAAUCUGCUUCAUUAUAUCCAAAUAAGUUGGUGCCAUCUAUGGCAGCGGGCCUGCCACAUUUCGCAGUGGAGUGGGCUAGGUGCUGGGGACGAGAUGUUUUCAUAUCCGCUCGAGGCCUCUGUCUUGGGACCGGUCGAUAUGCCGAGUGCAAAGAGCACAUCAUUGCUUUUGCAAGCGUCAUGAAGCACGGUAUGGUUCCUAAUCUUCUGGGCAGCGGCAAGGAACCCCGAUACAAUGCUCGUGAUGCCAUAUGGUUCAUGCUUCAAACCAUCCAAGACUACACCAAAAUUGUCCCCAACGGGUUAGAUAUCUUGAAAGAGAAGGUCUCUCGCCGCUUUCUCCCAUACGAUGACACCUGGUUCCCUUCGGACGAUCCAAGAGCAUACUCCAAAACCUCGACCAUUGAAGACAUUAUCCAGGAAGCACUUCAACGCCACGCAACUGGAAUGUCCUUCCGUGAGGCCAAUGCCGGUCCAAAUCUCGAUAUGCAGAUGAAGCCUGAAGGCUUCCAGAUUGAUGUCAAAGUUGACUGGUCCACCGGGUUUAUCUUCGGUGGUAACCAAAACAACUGUGGAACAUGGAUGGAUAAGAUGGGCGAGAGCGAACGUGCAAACAGCAAAGGCGUCCCUGGUACCCCACGUGACGGCGCAGCUAUCGAAAUCACUGGUCUCGCAUACAGUGCAAUCAAAUGGGUUGCCCAGCUACACAAGGAAGGCAAGUAUAGAUACGCUGGUGUCAGCACUUCGGACCCCAAUAUGAAGGUGAUCACCUUCGUGGACUGGGCGGCCCGAAUCCAUAACAACUUUGAGCGCUGCUACUACGUUCCCUUGAAUUUCAAAGACGACAAGUCAUAUGAUGUGAACCCGCAUAUCAUCAAUCGCAGAGGGAUCUACAAAGAUCUUUACAAGAGCGGCAAGGAAUACGAGGACUACCAGCUUCGCGCCAACUUCCCCAUCGCUAUGACGGUCGCUCCCGACCUCUUCGUCGAUGCCCAUGCCUUGCACGCCCUCAUCCUUGCUGAUAAGGUCCUACGUGGGCCUACUGGGAUGGCGACUCUCGACCCCGCUGAUCUCAACUAUCGUCCGUACUACAAUAAUUCCGAAGAUUCCAACGACUUCGCAACAAGCAAAGGCAGGAAUUACCACCAAGGUCCUGAAUGGCUCUGGCCCACUGGGUUCUUCUUGCGUGCAUUACUGAAAUUCGACCUGAAGAGGAGAAAGGGGCCAGCAGAGAGGACGGAGGCAUUCCAACAGAUCACACAACGAUUGGUUGGGUGUAAGAAGCAUAUCCAAGAGAGUCCAUGGGCGGGGUUGACGGAGCUAACGAAUAAGAAUGGAGAGUAUUGUCAUGAUUCGAGUCCAACGCAGGCGUGGAGCGCAGGCUGUCUGAUCGAUCUGUAUCAUGAUACGGCGCAGUAUGACAUCUCUCAGCUGUCGACGUGAAGGGUGAGAAGACUAAAUGGAAAGGCGGGGAAGCCUCUAGGGAAAGGGAAGAAAUUGGACAUGGCUGGAAUGAUGGAAUGACUGGACGAAUUCAUGGGUACACACUUGGGAUGGCAAGGCGCAAAUGGAUAGGACAAUGGCGGAAAGGCAGAGACGAAAGGAAAGGAGCAAUAGAUAAGACAGAGAUUGCCGGCUAUGAAUAUUUCCUAUGUUCAAGACCAUGAUAUUCCACUCCCCAGCAGAGGUUUUAUGUGUUCCUCCUAUGUUAACCCCAGGUCAAUCCCAUUUCAAGCCAACG